GACCCACUCAUCAUAAACGAAAACCGGAGUGCACCGUGCAAAGCCUCGGGUGGAGGAUCAAAACAUUCCUGGGUUUUUAGGGUUUAUCUUCUUCGCUAGACAGAGAGAGUGAGAGAGAGGAAUAGCUGAGCUGAGCUGAUUUUCGAUCUCCGAUCUCAUUUCAGGAAUCCAUGGCGACCGUACAUUUCUCUGGCUCUGUAACAAGCAGGAGCUUGCAAUCGUUUGAUGGGCUUAGGCCAUCGACGGUUAGGAUUUCUUCAGUUCGACCUUGUAACGUGGCUGUCAACCAGAGGAGUUUCCGAGAACUCACCGUCAAGGCCGCCAACGUUGUCGCUCCAAAGUACACUUCAAUUAAUCCACUGGCCGAUAGAGUGCUUGUGAAAAUCAAAACCGUUGAGGAGAAAACUACUGGUGGUAUUUUUCUUCCCACAACUGUCCAGACCAAGCCCCAAGGAGGUGAAGUUGUUGCUGUUGGAGAGGGUAAGACCAUUGGCAAUAACAAAGUUGACAUCAGUGUCCAGUCUGGUACCCAGGUUGUAUACUCCAAAUAUGCAGGCACGGAGUUGGAGUUCAAUGGAUCGAAACAUCUUUUGUUGAAGGAGGAUGAUCUAGUUGGCAUUCUUGAGACUGAUGAUGUGAAGGAUCUAAAGCCUCUCAAUGACCGAGUCUUGAUCAAGGUUGCUGAAGCUGAGGUGGAAACUGCUGGCGGUUUGUUGUUAACAGAGGCAACGAAGGAAAAGCCUUCCAUAGGGACGGUGAUUGCUGCUGGGCCUGGUCUGUUGGACGGGGAAGGCAACAGGAAGCCGCUUUCGGUUGCCCCAGGGAACACAGUCCUGUACUCAAAGUAUGCUGGAAAUGACUUCAAAGGCAUCGACGGUUCUGAGUACAUUGCAUUGAGGGCAUCGGAUGUGAUGGCCGUCCUCUCUUGAGACCCAUGAGCCUUUCGUUGAUGUAGCAUAUACACCAUCUUGCAGAGUUUUCAGGCAAGUAUUUUUGCAGUAUGUAAUGACACUGCUAGAUAGUUGUUAUCUCCCCGGCUUUUUGUUGUAGUUUAAGCUGCAUCUGUUUCUGCUUUGUGCAUUGCUUGGGCGGCUGGUUCGAUCUCAUUAUAUGGUUGGUAUGUGGAGUGACCGUGUCCCACCAAACUGGACCUGACAAAGAUUUGAAGAGAAGCUGUGUGGCGACUUUGUGUGAGAGAUUGAAUAGGCAACAUCUGGUGUAUUUGCCAAUGUGACA